AUGUGUGGUGCCAAUAAUACUUCAAGUCAAACUUCAACUUCAACUUCUACAUCAACCAAACCAAAUCAAUGUUGUGGAAGCUCAUGUAAAUGUGGGUCUUCUUGCUCGUGUGCUUCAUGUAAUACUACCAAAUUAUAA